AUGAGCAUGCUUUCAGCUGAAGUCACGGAAUGGGGUCAACCUCCCAAGUCCAUCAAAGUCCUCCCUCCUGCAGCUCCAGUUCAAGGCAACGAGACUGAGAUCAAAGUCCUCGCUGCAGGUCUUCACCAGCUCGUCCGCACACGGGCAGCGGGUAAACACUACACUGCUACUGAACUCCCCCACGUUCCCGGCGUCGACGGCGUCGGCAUUGAUGUCUCAACCGGCAAGAAAGUCUACUUUUCUCUCCUCGGUACAAAGCAGGGCAGUUACGCCGAGAUCGUCAAUGCGCCAACUCACAACAUCGUUGAGCUUCCCGAGGGUGUAGACCCUGUUGUUGCAGCUGCUAUGGUCAACCCCGUCAUGGCGAGCUGGAUGGCGCUGCGGAAGCGUGUUGAUUGGACUGGAAAGGAGGGCAAACCUUACAAGGUCUUCAUCAACGGCGUCACCAGCGCCAGUGGAAAGAUCGCUAUCAAAGUAGCUCGUCACCUCGGCGCUACGACCAUCGUAGGAGCAGCCCGCAAUAAAGACGCGUUGUCAAAGCUCGAUCUCGACGCCAGCGUUGUUCUUCAAGAACCCAACGCCACAGACUUCUCCGCCGCAGCAGACGCAGACAUUGUUCUCGACUUCCUCUACGGACCGUGGCCGAAUGCGUUCUUGCUGAGUCCCAGCACAGCUAGUGCCAAGAACCCUAUUACGUGGAUCAACAUUGGGUCUAUGGCGGGUGAUAUGGGCGAUAUCUCGGCGAUGGGGCUGAGGAGGAGAGAUGUCACGGUGCGGGGCUCGGGGCCGGGAGCGUGGGAUCCGAGGGAGCUCGGGGUUGAGACGGAAGGAAUGUUGAAGGUUCUCGUGGGAUUGGGAGAUGAGGGGUUGAAGAAGUAUAGAAUUGAGGAUGUUGAGGAGGGUUGGGGUGAUAAGGGGAGGGAUCGAGUUGUUUUUGUGUUUGGUGAGAAGGCUUGA